AUGAAGUGGAUAGUAUCUAUCAUAUAUUUUCAGGAGGCCCAGACGGAACAAACAAUGCUCAUCGAUUUAUCCUUACCGGAGGAACGAAUCCGAAUGGAAAUACAGGAUUCACUAAUAAAAGAAGCGGACAAAAAACUGAUAGCAUUGCCUAAUAUACCAAUCCAAGGAGCGAAUGCUCAACAAAGAUUACAGCACCCUGUAUUUCCAAAAAAAGAAUGGUUGAAAAGACAUAUGAUGAAUCAUACCGGUGAAAAGCUGCGUGGUUAUGCGGAAAGCAACAAAACUUUUUUUCAAUCAUCCGAUCUGGAAAGGCAUUUGAUAAAUCGUACCGAUGAAAAGCCGACUAUUUAUAUGGUGAUCCAUAUCGGUAAAGAACAGACACAGUCACCGAAUUUACCAAUCCACGGAUCGAAUGCUGAACAAGAAUUACGACAUCCUGCAUUGGAAAGAUAUAAAAAGACUUAUGCUGGCGAAAAGCCGUACGAUGGCUCGUCAUGCCAAAAAAGUUCUCCUCAUCCAUCGAAUUUGGGAAAACAUAUGAGGAUACAUAAAAGUGAAAAAUCGCAUGGUUGUCCGAUAUGCAGAAAAAAUUUCUCUCGAAUAAUGCAUUUGGAAACACAUAUGAGGAUUCACACCGGUAAAAAGCCGUACAAUUGUUCAGAUUGUGGAAAACGUUUCUCUGAUCCAUCGGCUUUUAGAGGACAUAUGAGGAUUCAUACUGGUGAAAAGCCGUACAAUUGUUCAGAAUGUGGAAAACGUUUCUUUCAAUCAUCAAUUUUGCAAAAUCAUAUGUUGACCCAUAACGGUGAAAAACUGCAUGGCUGUCCAAAAUGCAAAAAAAAUUUCUUUCGACCAUCGGAUUUGGAAAGACAUAUGAAGAUUCAUACCAGUGAAAAGCCAUACAAUUGUUCAGAAUGUAGAAAACGUUUCUCUGGUUCAUCGAAUUUGAGAAAACAUAUGAGAAUUCAUACCGGUGAAUGGCGGUACAAUUGUUCAGAAUGUGGAAAACGUUUCUUUGAUUCAUCAAAUUUACAAAUUCAUAGGUUGACCCAUACCGGUGAAAAGCGGUACAGUUGUCAGAAAUGCAACAAAAAUUUCUCUCAGUUAUUGCAUUUGGAAACACAUACGAGGAUUCAUACCGGUGAAAAGCCAUACAAUUGUUCAGAUUGUGGAAAACGUUUCUCUGUUUUAUCAAGUUUUAAAAGACAUAUGAGGAUUCAUACCGGUGAAAAGCCAUACAAUUGUUCAGAUUGUGGAAAACGUUUCUCUGUUUUACCAAGUUUUAAAAGACAUAUGAGGAUUCAUACCGGUGAAAAGCCGUACAAUUGUUCCGUAUGCGAGAAAAGAUUUUCUCGAAGAGGUGAUUUGAAUAAGCAUAUGAAAUUUCAUCGCAAUGAUAGUUACUCUUCUAAUUGGACUGCAUGCAACCAAGGCAAUUCACUUUGA